AUGAAAAUACCUCUUAAUACUCUUGAGUAGCCUAAAGAAAUCGACCGUCGUGUAAUUUCUUACAAUUUAAAUUUAGAUCUUGGCAUCAAUCUUAACAAGCCCCCACUUCUUGGAAGAGUUGCUUUAAUUAGUGAAUGACAAGAGUAAUGUUAUCCACAAAUUAUCUUUGGGAUCUUUAACUUUACUUAUGGAUAAAUUAGAUGAUUAUAUAGAAAAUAUGGCUUAACAAGUAUAAUAAAACUCUAGGCAUGAUUGUUCGUAGUUGUUAAACCUCAUUAAUAGUUUAAUGGAAUAUGAAUGUUAUAGGUAAUUAUUUUAAAAAAUUUUGAUAGAAAAUUGUUUAAUUCAUUAGAACAUCUGUUAAGCAUAGUGGAGCAUACAGAUAAUUUGUAAAAUUAUGAGACUAUUAUGAACAUUCUGAUCAAAAUCUGUGAUUAAGCAAUAAAUAUAAACAAUCCUUAAUAGAAAGAAAUUUGCAAUUAAUAAUUAAGAGAUAAUAUUCCUAGAUUGAUUUAUCUGAAUAGAUUUCUUUUUGAUCAUAAUAAUACUCUUUCAUCUACUAAACUUGAAUUGAUUGAUUAUUAUCAUGAUGAUCCAAAUUAUUUUGCCAUUACAGAUAAUCCAAUUUAGUUUCCUUAAUUACAAUUUGAAUAUGUAGAACCAACUAUUUUAGAUGAAUCCUAUGCAGAUUUAUGUAAAAAUGGUGUUCAUAAGAAAGAAUUACAGCAUUAAACAUCAAUUAAAGUAUAAUAUAUUUAUUUAAUAUAUUUAGAAUUUUAAUAUUUAAGAUGAUAAAUCUAUGUCUGCACUUCUUUUAGCUAGAACAAUAUUAGAUUAGAAAGAUAUGCCUUUAACUCCAUUAAUAGAAGCAGUAAAAUAUAGAAUUUUAAUUUACAGAGGUUUAUCUGAAAAUAAAAUUGAAACAAAUACAUUAGUUUUAGGUAUGCACAUUUUAUCACUUGAAAUGAAUAUGUUAUUAGAUGCUUUCUGUUCAACUCAUGAUUGUGCUUUCUUGUUAGAUUAAGUAUUUAUUGAGAAAAUUGAAUAUGAAUAAUACUUCAGUAUUUAUACUAAAUUAUUUUAAUUGAAAACUGUAUAACCUAAAUUACUUGUAACUAUUUUAUCAACUUUGGAUGAAAUAUUAAUCACAGAAAGAUAAUAAGAUAAUGAAAUUGCAUUAAACACAGCUAAAAAUUAUGAUGAAACUUUUUUACAAUUGAUUUAUGAUGUUUUAUCAAUGUAACCACAUUAAAUUGAAAUUGAAUCAAGUUACCCAUUAAAAUAUAAUGGAUAAUUAUUAAAUGAAUAAUGUGCUAAAGAUGAAGAAGUUGCUUGUGGUAUAUUCAAAUUAUUUUCAUCUGAAUCUGGAGUGUUAUUAUUAAGUCGUAGUAAUAUAGCACUUGGAUCAUCAUAAGCUUUAAUUAGAACACUCCUUAUUUAAGAUAAUAAAUCAUUUUUGCCUCCUGAAAUUCUUAAAGCAGGAAUUGGAAUGUUAGGAAGAUUGUCUAGAAAAGAAGAUUUAUAAAGAGACCUUAAAAUAUUUAAUGAUCUAAUUAAAGUAGUUGAAAACCUCAUUUCUAUAGGACCUAAUCUUAUCAAACCUACAGAAUAAGGAUUUUAACAAGUUACUUUUGAUGAAACUGAUUCUAUUAUUUCAUUCUCUAUCUAGAGUAUUAAUGAACAUUUCAAAGACGAUCUUGGAAGAAGAUAUAAUAGAGCUAAUGCACCUACAAUUGCAAGAAAAGUAUCAGAAACUUAAAUCAUUAAAAAACUAUAAAAUUUGUUAUAAGACAGUAGAUAUACUCUUAUAAUACAAUAAACACUCAUUUUGAUUUCACAUCUUGCAAAUGAGGUUCCUACUCUUAUUGGAAGAUUAAUAGAUUCUUAAUUACCAUAAUAAUUAAAUUCGAUUAUACAGAGUAUAAAUUAUACUUAAAUUAAUAAUAAAAUGGUUAAUUCUAUAUUUUAAUUCUAUUUUAAUGUUUCAUUAAAAGAAGAAGGAUAUGAUCAAUUUAAUACUUUUGGCUUAUAAUUCAUGCAAAAAAUUCUUGAUUAUUGUUUAAUUUAAACUAAUUAACCUAAAGAUAUAUUAACAUCUUUAGGAUAGAAUAUUGCUAAAUAUCUACAAAAAAUUGAUAAAGUUGCUCCAUAGGUAAUUAAUAUAUUGAACAUUGGAUUGGAAAAACUUUAUAAUUAUUUAAUUGAAAAGAGAAAUAAUUUAAAAGAAGACACAUAUUAAUAAUAUUAUGAAAUUAUUACUAAAAUCUCAAAUCUAUCAAUUUUAGUUUUCAAAAUGAUUCAUAAUUUACAUCCAUCAUAAUAAGCUGAAAUGAAUGCCUAAGGAUUUUUUGAAAAAUUACUAUUGUUUUUUGAAUUUCCUACUUUUGAUUAUAAAAUUGACUUAACUAAAGUAUUUAGAUUAUUUGCCUAAUUAGAUGAAUUUGAUAAUCCAUUUAAAGCAUUAUCUAAAGUAUUUGUCUCAAUUUCUAAAUUGGAGAGUAAAUUAGGUUGUAACUUAGAAAAUUCAAAUAUUUUAAUUGAUGAAUCAUGUUAUAGCUCUGAGAAAUUCUUUCUUACAUGUUCUUUAGACUAAUUAUAAUAGAAAUUAGAAUUUGUUUCUUAUUAUUCUUAAACUGAGUCACUUAUGGAAGUAUUAAAACACUAUUUAAUGAAUGGUUAAAUCAGAUAUGAAUAAUAGGGAAUAGGAAAAUUGUUGAAUAAGAGUUGUUCCUUGCUUUUAAUAUUAAUAAGAUCUAUUAAGUAUGGGUAAGAUUAGAAGAUGGAUUAAGCUUUCAAAAAAUCUGUUUUCUAUUAAUAUAUAUAAUUAUUAAAGGUCAUUAUAAUUAAUUCAUAUAGAAUUACAAGAAGAAUUAAUAAUGAAUUACAACCACUUAGCAAUUUAUUUUGUUAAUUAAGUUAAAAUUUAAGGAAUGAAAAUAUUCAAGUAAUUUAAUUGCAUUCUUAUCUAAUUAAUGAUUUAUUAAAUAAUCUAGUUGAAGGUAAAAAGUAUGCAGAUUUUCAGAAUUUGCAUCCAGAUUUUAUAAGUCUUUUAAUAAACUCUGAUUUUUUAGAGAAUCUCAAAUCAGGAAUUAGUUCAUUUAUAUAAUUGGUUGGUUAGAAAAGUAAUAUUGAAUCUAUAGAUUUGCUUGGUUGGUAAUAUGCAAAUAUUAUAAAAUUAAUAUAUCUUAAUAAAAUAGAUUAAAGCAAGAAAAUGUAAGGAUACCUAUUGAUUCCAAAAUAAAUUGAAGAAAUAUAAAAUCUACUUACAAUUACCUAAUGUUUAUCAGAUGAUCCUAUAUAUACAAUUUAAGAAUAGUUACUUAAUAAAGCAAUAUUUAUUUUCAGACCUUCAUUCUUAUAAGAUUUAAUAUAGAAAGAUAGAGAUAACUUUUUCUAAAAAACAUAUUAAGGCUUAAGAGAUGAAAAUGGGGGUGAAGUAGAUAUACUUUAGUAAGAUCCAAAUGAAGUGAGAACAAAACUUAGAGAUAUGGGUUAUCAAGAAGAUGUAAUAACAAUUGCAUUAUAAAAUAAUGAUAUUUAUGAUGUGACAAGACUUACUGAUUGGAUAUAUGAAAAUUUAGAUUUAAUUGAAGAAUAGAAAGUCAAAAUGAUGGAAAUUCAAAAGAAUGAACCUUCCUUAGAAGUCAUUACAUAAAAAAUUCAUAAUAAAUAAAAGAAUCUUAAAUAAUAUAUCUAAACAAAUAUGUUAUAUUUUAGUAAAUUUGAAGAAAGUAUCUUCUAAUUAUUGGAAGGAUAGAUUAUGCCUUCAUUAUUAAAAUGUUUAAAAUAGGUUGUGUUUGAAUAAUUCAAAAUUUAACUCAAAUUCAAAGAUUGUGAACCUGAAAUCAAACCUCCAUCUACUGAUAAUAUGAAAGUCAUCAUUACAAUUUUGCAUUUUAUAUACAAAUAAAAAAAUCUUGUUGAAGAAUAUGAAAGCAUUGUAACUGAAUUAAUGAAGUUGGCUUAGGAAAUAAUGAAAUAAUAGGAUGAUCUAAGCCUAAAAGCUAUAAAUCAUAUUUUGGCAAUCUUAACCCUUUUUAUUACUGAUGAUUAAAAAAAGAAAAAAAAUCAUCAUGACACAGUAAAUGAUAUCCUUUUGGGAGUGAUUAACAUCUUAAAAGGCAAAGUCCAAAAUCAUACAACUUCAAAAAUUUGUAUUGAAAUUCUAGUUAGAGCAUUUUAAGUAAACAAAGAAAAUGUUUAAAAGUUUGUCUCUCAAAUGAGAGGAUUGGAAUAUCUGAUUAGAAUUAAAGGAGAUUCACAAAAUCAUAUGUUUCCCUUGACUAAAUUAGUACUUUCAAUUGUUCAUGAUAAGAGCUUAGUAAUUGCUUAGAUUGAAGCAAAAAUUAAAAAGUUACUAUAUAAUUAAGAAUAUAAUAAAGAAAUUGAAAAUAUCAAUAAACAAUAAUAAUAACCUUAAUCAUAGGUUCCAUAAUAACAUUAAACUCAUUAUCCCAUUUGUUUUUAACCAAUUUAUUAUAAUGUUCCUAUAACAAAUGACAUAAAGAUUGCCUCUAAUCACCCAGCAUUAUUAACCAUAUAAAAUCAUACAUUUUUUAAGGAUGAAGUAAAAGAGGUCAUGUCCCAUUUAUUUGAAGAUGGAGAAACAAUUGAUGGAGUUAAGUAUUUAAAUCUAAGAAAAGGUUGUUCAUUACACACUUUUGAUUGUGUUUAACCUACUAGUUUUUAAAAGCAUAAAGAACCUGAAACUGCAAAAAAAAGUAAAUAGAUCUAAAAAAAGAAGAAAAGCGAAGAUAAACUAUAAUUGCAAUCAAACUUUUAGCAUACUUAAGAAGCAUAAAUUUUAAUCAAAUUAUUAAUAUAAUAGAUGAUAAGUUCAUUUUUUGAAAAUGAAUAAUAUCAAUAUCAUUGGUAUACUAUUACUUAAGUAUUAUAAAUAAUGAUUAGACGUUAUCCUGUUUUAAUACCAAAAUUAGUAAGAGUAAAUUGUAGUAAAUUAUUAAAGCCUUAUUCAAAAUAAUUAAGUACAGAUUAUCAAGAUCUAGAAUUACCUAGAAAAAUCUCUUUUCUUACUCUUAUUACUAGAAUAAUGACUCCUGCAAAGAAUCUACUAUUUGAAUUAUGUUUAGAUAAUGUCUUAUUAUAUUAAAUGACUAAUAAUAAUAUAGUUCCAUUUUCAAAUGAAACAAGAAGAAAAAUUGUUAAUGAAUUGUAUGAUGGCAUUGAAAAAAGAAUUAAGUUAUUUGAUUCAAUUGUUUGUUAAUACUCAUAUACUUUGAUACGUUUGUUAUAGAUAAAGUCUGUGGCAAAGAUUUGUUAUAGAAAUAUUCAUGAUACAGCAAAUUCAUUUAACUUUAUUAAAUUAUAUAUGGAUGGAAUGAAGAGCUUUGAGUUAAAGUCAUAUUAUAUUUAUGAAAAGGAAUUACAAUUCAUUACAGAAACCCUAGCAGUUCUUUUCAAUAUGGCUAUUUAUCUUUUAUUUUAUAAGCCUACACCAAUUAUCAUAUCUAAAUAACAAUAAGAAUAAUAUGGAGAUCAUUUUCAAUUACAAGGUAUGAUAGGAUAAUUAUUGCCAGAAGAAAUUAAUUCCCAAUUAGUACCAAAUAAAAGUAUUUUAUAUCAAGAUUCAAUCAAAUAUUUCUAAAAAUGGCCAUUAUUACCCAUUUCAUUUCUAGAAGAAUUGAAUUAAAAUUAAUAACAUGAAGAAAUAGAAUUUUAAUAGUUCUUAUCUCCUUUUAGAAGAAGAAAUAGACUUGUAAAUGUUGAAUUGAUUGCAAAUAUUGAUGAAGAUGAUGGUAUGUUAGAAUUAGAAUAUGAUGAUAAUGAUAUGUAAAGUGAAUAAAGUGGAGACUCUCAUAAUUCUCAUGAAUCAGCUCCAGAAGAUCUUGAAGAAGAGGAAAAUAGUUGGGUAUCUAGUUAAAGUGGAAAUAAUCAAAUAGAAGCUGAGGAAGCAUAGAAUUCUUCAUCAAGUUGGACUGAUGAAGAAGAUGAAGAUGAAGAUAAUGAUUAAUAAGAGGAAGGAAGUGAAUAAGAAGAAUAGGAAGAAGAAAAUGCUUUAAAUAGUGAUUUAUAGAGUGAAAAUGAAGAAGAUAUUGAUUAAGAAGAAGAUGAAGAAGAACAUGAUGAAGAUUAAGAAGAAGGAAUUAUUGAUGAAGCAAAUGAUGGAUUUGAAUAAGAGGUUUAAAAUAAUGAAAUUUCAGAAGAAAAUAUUGAAGUCACAAAACAAUUUCAUCAUCUUACUAGUAGAGAAGAUUAGGCAUUUGCUAAAAUGACUAAAUCUAUCACUCAAUUAAUUGGCAUUCAAUUUCCAUAAUAAUUUGCCAAAAUUUUAGAUAAAUUAGUUCAUUCUCUACCAAAAUUGAAUUCACCUGAUGAUUCUCAACCAAUUAAUUGGUGGACAGAAUUAACACAAUAUAUCUAAAAAUCAUUUUAAUUUGAUGAGAGAUCAUACGGAUAAGAUUUGAGAAUGCAACCACUUAUUAGAGAUAAUAGAUUCAGUACUGAAAUCUUUAGAAUUGAUUAAAAUGAUAGGAUCAUUAACAGAUUUUAAGCAGCAAGAUUUGAUUUAAUUGAUAGAUUAGGAAGAAAUGAAUAGCUUAUAUUAGAUAGAUUCAGAUCGUUAUAAUUUAGAAAUAGACGAGAAGAAUAAUAACUUGAAUUACAACUUUAAUAAUAACUUUAACCAUAAGCCAAUAUGCAUUAAUAACAGUAAUAAACUUUGUAACAUCUCAACAGAGAAUAAUAAUUUAUGCGAUUAUUCAAUUGGAAUUAAAUGUAAUAAAGUUUAUAACAACCACAAUAAUAAUUACCUAAUAUUGCUUCUUUAUAAUAAACCUCUUUGAAUUUAUAAAACAUAUAAGAUUAAUUAUAAUAAUCUUUCUUGAACUUAUUAAAUACUAAUUAAAGCUUAUAGUAAUUCUAAUUAUAAUAUUAAGAGCAACAAUAAUUAUAAUAAUCGUAACAAUAAUAGCAAUAGUAAUAAUAAUAAUAAUAGUAAUAGCAAUAGUAAUAAUAAUAAUAAUAAUAAUAAUAAUAAUAAUAAUAAUAAUAAUAAUAAUAAUAAUAAUAAAUAUAAUAAUAGUUAGAUUAAUAAUAACUUUAACAACAAAUAUAAUUUGAAGAGCCAUAAUUUAAUGUACCAGAAGUAAUGUAAAUAGAACUAUAAGUUUAAAAAUCUGAAUAAUUAUAAGAAUAAUAAUAAUAACAACAAUAAUAAUAGUAAUAAUAACAAUAAUAAUAAUAAUUCAUGCAAACAGAAGAAUAACCUUAAAAAGUAGAAUAAACAAAUUUAAAUAUUUAAUAAUAAUCAUAAUCUUAAAAUUUAGAAUAACUUUAUCCAAAUACUUUCAAUUUCUUAUAAAGAGUAGGAAAAUCUUUUGAUGAUCUACUAAACAACAAUAUUGAUCCCUCAGUAUUUGAAGAUUUAUCAGAAGAUAUGAUGGCUGAUAUAAUUUCCACUAUCCCAGAUAAUAAAGAAAUUAAUAAUAUUGAAGGAAUAGAUCCAUAAUUUUUAUAAUCAUUACCCCCAGAAAUUAGAAGAGAAAUUUAUUAAUAAUAUGUAUAACCUACUUAAACUCAACCUUAAUAAUUAUCAGACUUGGAUCAAUUAAUCGCCUUAAUUAAUUAAACUCCUUAUGAUGAUAGAGAAGAAAUGUAUUUGUAAAUAAGUGCUGAAUAAGUCAGAAAUCUACCAUAAGACUUAAGAUAGGAAGCUACUUAUAUAAGAGAACGAGCUGAUUAAAGAGCCAUAGAAUAGACAGAAAGAUAAUUGUACUAUUAAAUUGAUCCGUAGUAAUAACAUUAACGUAAUCCUAAUCCAUAACCAUAAUAAUAAAGAAAAGAAAAUCAAAAGUCUUUGAAUUUGAAGAACUUACUCUAAACUUAAAGACAUUUGGUUUAGAAAUUAGGUAAUGUGGAUGAUGAAUUUGCAGAAUCUCUACUUAGAUUACUUUAUGUUGAAUCACAUAGUUUUAUGAAUUUUCCAAUUAAUCUAUUCAUUGCUUUGACAAACAAUCCAAAUGUGGAAUAUAAGUUGAUUGACGCUUUAUUCUUCAUUCUUAAGAAUCAUAAUCAUAGAAUUGAGUAGAGUGAAUUCCCUCCAUAAAUAUUAAUAAGAAGAAAUGGAUUAAUAAGAGAUUAAAGAAAGAUAUAUGAGAUAGUUUCAUUAAAGAUUUUGUAUUUAAUUUCAAAAUUGCAGGGUCCAUCAAUAAAGUAUUUCUUUGAAACAAAAAAAUAACUAUAAUUGUAAUCAAUAGCCAGAUUGUCAGAAGGUACUUAGAACCUUCCAUUGUUAUAAUUAAUUCAGCUUUUACCUAUGUUUAAGGGUGAUCAUCAAGAAUUAUUGAUAUAAGCUAUAUCAAAUAUCACAACAAAGUAGAAGGAUUUUAAACAAGAUUAAUUAAAUUUAGAUUAAAAAUCUGUAGAAUGUGUUUGUACAAUAUUAUUGCAAAAUAUGAAUAGAAGUGUUAAAAGCUUUUCUCAUAUUAUCUUAAAUCUUAGUAAUAAUAAAGAGAACCAAUAAUUGAUAAUAAAAUAUAUAAAGGAAUUUAUUUAAAAAAUAACCAGAGAAAUAAAUAAUAAUUUUGCCAAACAAUGUUAAUAUGAUGAGAUCUUUACUGCAGAUAAAGCUUUGAUAAAUGUAUUUUAAUUUGUUAGAGAAAUGAAUGAUAAAAUUGGUGAGAAUAAUGACCAACAAGAUACAAGAAGUAAUUUCAAGGAAUUGUUAGAAGAUUAAGGUUUAGUAUAAUUAUGGAGAAAUUUGAUAAAAUUAUUAUAAGACAUUCCAUAAGAAAAAUUAGCAAAAUUAAGUACUAAAAUAUCUCCAUAUUUGGAAUGCUUUUUCAUUAUAUAUUAAUUAGUUAAUCCUAUUAGAAAGAACAAAAACAUUUAGAGAGAACCAACAAAGAUUGCUAGUAUGGAAGGACAAUAACAAGAGGUUUAAGAAUAAUAAUUGCAUGAUGAAUUAUUCUAAUAGAUUUGCGAGAGUGGCAAGGUUCUAUUGAAUAUGAUGAUUAGAGAAAGAUUGUAAGAAUUGAGAGAGAAAGGCAAAAUAGUUAAUGAUUCUUUAGGAGUUAUAAUAUUUAAGAAUCCUAGAAUAGUAGAUUUUGAUAAUAAAUAGAAAUAUUUCAAGAUGGAAUUGAAAUAAUUGAAAAUGUAAAAUAACAGACAUCAUUAUGGAAAUGUAAAUAUAAGAUGUAGAAGAAAGGAUAUAUUUAUGGAUUCUUAUCAUCGUAUAAGUAAAUUAAAACCAGAAGAAUUGAAAGGUAAAUUACAUGUAGAAUUUGAUGGAGAAGAAGGUAUUGAUGCAGGUGGAGUCUCUAGAGAAUGGUUUUUAAUGCUUUCAAAAGAGAUUUUCAAUCCUAAUUAUGCUCUCUUUACUCCAUCAUUAAAUGGUCAAAUGUUUUAACCAAGCAAUAAAUCUCAUGUGAAUCCAGACCAUGUUAAAUAUUUUAAAUUUAUUGGAAGAAUUGUAGGUAAAGCAUUAUAUGAUGGAUAAUUAUUGGAUACAUAUUUUACUAGAUCAUUUUAUAAACAUAUUUUGGGUUAGAAAUUAACAAUUCAUGAUAUGGAAGAUAUUGAUUUGAAUGAAUACAAUAGUAUGAAGAAAAUUUUGGAAUAAAAUGUUACAGAUUGGGGAAUCUAUUGGACAUAUAAUGUUGAUCAUUUUGGUAAACUUGAAGAAAGAGAACUAAUUGAAGGAGGAAAAACUAAAUUAGUAACUGAAGAAAAUAAAUUGGAAUAUGUUCAGACUUAUUGUUAUUAAAAAAUGGCUAAAGAAAUUAAAGAUUAAAUUGAGGCCUUUUUAAAUGGAUUCCAUGAAUUGAUACCAUAAUCAUUAGUAAGUAUUUUUGAAUGGAAGGAGAUGGAAUUAAUGUUAUGUGGUCUACCUGAUAUUGAUCGUAAAUUUAUUUUAUUUAUUAUUUUAGUUGAGGAUAUGAAAGAGAACAUUGAAUAUCAUGGUUAUGAUAAAGGAGAUAAAGGAGAUAAAGGAGAUAAAGUGAUUUAAUGGUUAUGGGAAUUGUUGGAGAGUUUUGAUAAGAGUAAGAGAGCAGCAUUCUUAUAAUUUGUUACAGGUAUUUCAUAAAUCAAUCAUAUUUUAGGUACUUCUAAAGUUCCUUUAGGCGGUUUCAAAGAAUUAAAAGGAAUGCAUGGCCCUUAAAAAAUAUAAAUACAUAAAAAACCUUAUGUCAAUUUUGAAUUACCUACUUCACACACAUGGUAAAUAUUAAUUCUAUAUAAUUUAGCUUUAAUUAAUUAGACUUACCUGAUUAUCCAGCUAGAUAAAUUUUAAAGGAGAAAUUAGAGUUGGCUAUUAUGGAAGGUAAAGAAGGUUUUGGUUUUGCUUGAU